GUCUUUUCUGCUUGCUCAAAUAACGUCUGCUAGACGCUGCUCGCCGUACACGCAUGUAAUAGUUGUGCGCUGCCGCCCGUCUGGUAUCUACUAUAUAGAUUUACAUAGAUUCUACUUAGUGUGGUGCUAACAAUGACAAUUGGUCACCGUGAGACACAGCUAGUUGGUUGUCGCCAAAUAUAAACAUUAUUUCGUGUAGUCGGCAGACACAGUCUCGUUAUUACAACGUCAACAAGCGCUGUUCAACGAGGAGUCAGAUUAUCACCGCCGCGGCUGCCGAUAAGCAUUUUCGUGCUAAUGUUGCAUGGUUGGGUUCCUUUGUUUGCAACGCAAGUACUGAGUUGAAGAGUGUUUUAUUGAAUGUAUGCGUGAGUUCGCGUGGAGGCGCGUGCCUUUGGCGUAUUUCGAUUGUGGCUGGCGACGCGAGAACAUCAAACCCCACAGCUGUACGGCAAACGACCGACAAUAGGCGGCAAACCCAACAGCAGCAGCAGCAGCAGCAGUCUGCGAUAUCGCGUGCGUGCUUUGCGGAUUUCAGUUCUUUCUUUACAGCUGCCCUCCGCUGGCUGGGUUGCAGGAGUGUACCAUCCGCGUGGUGUUUUUGUACCGAUAUAUAGCGCCGAGUACAAUGAAUAGCAGAUGGCGGCCGAUUUACACCACAUUCUAAAUGUCCGUCGCUCUUCUUGAGCAAGGCUAAAUAGCAGUGAGUGAAAAAAGUCUUAGCCCUAGAAAAGUGUGAAAAAAGAGAGAAAAGUGUGAGCUCUUCUCACUCCUAUUGUUGCUGCUGGUGCUGGUGUUUGGUAAUAUCCUGUCUGCAGACGGGAUCAGUAUUCCCUCCUUUGCUUAUGCCGACGAAUUCGACUGGCAAGGCAAACAAGCGUGGGAUCAGCGUGUACGGUGGCGAUCAACAACGAGAGAAGACAAGAAUCGAAUCGACGAAGCAACACUGAAGGAGCGCGCCGUCAUAGAUGGCAGCCGCUUGGGCCGCAUUCGUGCGCCAAUUGAAACACCGGCCUUGACUAUUCUACACUUUGAGUGCGCCGUAUUGGCUGAGCCGCUUGUUAACUAUGUGGCAAUUUAAUAAGAAUGACGUUAGUGAUGACAAUGAUUAUGACAACUGGUCUACAGACAUAGAACGUGCAGUGUUUUUUUUUGGCCAUAGCAACCCUCGUCGAGUCGUGUGUAGACUUUCCUGGCCUGCGGCAAUUAAGUGCAACGGGAUGUGAAACGACUACUGGCUGGUGACUUUAAAAGUCGUUAGGUGCAUAUUAUGAUCGUUUUUGGAGACACACACGCAUCGAUGGUGUCGGAGUUCUCUCCUUGGAGUCUCGCCGUGAUGCCCGCCACCACUUAUGAGCACCAACUGAACUCUCCGAUUUCAGGGCGCUUAUCAGACUCACAUGUUUAGUUCUUAAUAAUGGAAACUCUAGUUAGUUCAUAUCUUAGUAAAAAGCUGUCAUCCAAUGGCGGACCGUCAAAGGCUCCCUCGUUCAGCGAGAACCUGGAGACCUCAAGCCGAGUGCAGGGUUUGCUCUCUGGUGGAAUCACAUUCACUCGUGCCGGACCGCAAAACGACCCCUGGUUGAAUGCGUUGGCUAAGCUGCCCUGUAAGACAUUGUCUUCGGUAGGACCAACGAAUCAACGACUUUCACAAAGCGAGCAGACUAGCACAAGUAGUAGUUGGAACUUACCACCAAGUUCCCCGACGACGUCUCAGGUUAUCCUAUCCGAUAAAGCGCAAAAACGGCCUUUGGAUGCGAUAAUAGAUGAAUUUCAGCAGGAAUCACCAGACACUUCCACAAAACAUCAGCGAAAACAGGAUCAUGGACCAUCGCCAGGAAAUCAUUCAAAGGUCUGCUCGGUCGUAUUACGAAACAGCGGUAGCCGAGUGCAAGUGGGACUAACGAAUGUUGGGAACACGUGCUACUUCAACGCGAUGCUGCAGUGUCUAACAAAUUGCAAACCGUUCUACAACUAUAUUCGCAGUGAGGCACACGAUCGAACAAUUUGCAGACGAGGUGACCAGUGUGUUUUAUGCCUCUUGAAAAGCUUCUGUGUGUCUCAAAUGCCGGUGAACCCAAAUGAGAAGGUUGUAAGUGGAAGUGUACUUCGAGAUCUUCUUGUCAAGAUGAGAACUGCGGUUCGCCGGUGGAAGAUCCACGCACAUCAGAGCGUUGACGAAAUAUUGAGUUACGUGCUGGACUCAAUGUGGGAUCGGGACAUGGCAUACUUUGGUGUAACGGAUCGUCAGCACACUCCGAUGAUGGGUCUUUUCGGCACGCUAGUAGAACAACAGUACGCUUGUUCACUAUGUGGAGAGGCAUCGAUAUCAACAGUCGUAGAGCCUACGCUUAUUCUUGGACUCGUAAAUGGAGAUCGCCGAUCUGUACAGGAUCGCCUGCGAAUGGAGUAUGGGCUCACCGAAACUCUUUCGGAGCCCAAAAGCAAAUGUGAUGCAUGUGGUCAAAGUCGGACGCCCCGGCCAACAAUGAAACGCGUUUUGAAAAAUCUGCCUAUGAUUCUUGUCGUAAUGCUAAAGCGGUUCUAUGUGAUAGAUGGGAUCUCGCAUAAGAUCAAUCAAUUCGUCCAAUUUCCCGAAUCGCUUGACCUUCGCCCAUGCAUGGACACGUCAAGUGUCGCUCAAAAUUCGCUGUACAGAUUGAGUGGCGUUGUGGAACACUGGGGUAAAUCUAUGACAGACGGCCAUUAUGUGGCUUACUGCAAAAAUUACUGCCAACAAAGACGGGCAGAAGCUUGGUUCUGUCUAAACGAUCGUCAGGUGCGAACCAUUGAUUCCCGCGAGGUCCUUCAAAAGCAGGCCUACCUGCUAUUUUACACAGUACAAGGACAAGCUACAAGAACUAUUGACACGGUUUCUCCAGCGAGGGCCGCUGUGAUAAAUGGUAAUGAGGAAAGUUCGAGUGGGACGACGACGAUCCGAGAGGCCAAAGUGGCCAAGAUUUCUCCUCCAGGCCAACACGCUUUAAAGAUCACGAAACUAAUUCCGAGUAAAUAUAUUCCUAUUGUCGUCCUCAAAAAGGCCAACCCAGACAAACACGGAGUAGUAUCUAUUUCAGCAACUAGCGCAUUGAAUAAUUCAACUCAAGUAACAUUCAGCAAGCAAAAAUCAACAGGUCUUCCAUUUGUUAAUGGGAACGGACCAGCAGCAUUAAAGUCACCAAUCUUGAAGAUAAAUGGACCUAGCAAUUCGCAACCAAGUGGUGAUGAUGAUGGUCGUCCCGUAUCUGUCCGUGAUGGUCGAGAUUUGACAGUUUCCAAUGUAAACGGAUCGGUGGUCAGAGAAGACGCCUCAACUAUUUCUGGCGUCGAAACUCAACAGUUUAAAAAGGAGAAUGGAAAUGGCUACCGAACAACCCCACCCACCACAAGCGUAUCUCUUCAGAGAAAGUCACUCUUUGGUAAUUUGUCACCAAAGCUGGACUGCCGAACCGAAAAAGUGCUUCAGAACCAUCGACGUGAUGCAACGUGGUCAAGCCUGGUACCAUAUGCAAGCAGCAGUAGCGACGAUUCUAGCAGCGAUGAAAGUGAUGACAGGCUAAAUACAGUCUCGAAUGGCAACUCGAACAACAGCUCCACACUCAAGCGUGGAGCUGUUAGCGCGUUACAUCUGUCAGUACCUCGCGCAGCAAGCUCUAGCGGCUGGGUAGUGGAUAAGCUGAACGAUACUCCAUCAGUCAACUCGAAUUCCUCUUCAUCGCAAAAUAGCAAUACCGGUUCGUGCAAUAACAACACGAACAACAACAACAACAACAGCAGCAGCAGCAGCGUUCAUGGCACUAGUCCGGGGUGGAACGUGACGCAAGAGACACAUUCGCCGACGACUACAACAUCCACGACAACAGGCCCAGUAACAACAGCAACAACAACAACAAUAACAACAACAACAACAACAAUAAUAAUCUCACAAUCACAAACGUCUACCACAGGUGCAAACGGCGCAGCCAUUUGGGGCUUAAAAGCCAGCUUUUCGAACAGCGAUGGUGGCGGUGACGAGAGCAGCAGCAACAAUAGCAAUACCAAUGGCGUGGUUAGUAGUCAGAAUCAUCAACAAGCCACUUCACCCGUAAAGCAAGCAACUCUUACACCGGCAAUUAACAUGGUGGGAAUCAAUGGAAAUGGACCAUCGAUACCGACCGUUUUAUACACACCUCGCAUGCCACCGUCUAUGCAACAACAGAACACCCGAAUAAGCUCGAAGCCAGAUGAAACGUAUCGAAAAGCAGAGAGAAGCAGCGUGCCUGCUCCCAACUCAAAUGGUAUGAGAGAGGUUGUCUAUCAAAACAGCACCGACAACUCGCCAAGAAGUUAUAAGGGUCAAACAGAAAAGUCAAAUACCAAUGGUAGCACCAACGGUGGUGAUACCAAUGGACAACGUGACGGAAGUCUGUUUUCGUAUUGGGGCGCAAACUUGCAUGAGACUAAGGAUGAGAGGGAGCUUUACGAUGAGGAGAUUGAUCAGGGUCGGCAGAAGAAGGUAUGCUCAGCGUCUUUCAUUUACAUUAAACCGGCGCUCUCGUGGAAAAACCAGGCGUCGCGAUGGAAUAAUAAGCAUCGGCAGCAAAAUCCAUUCCAGCGUGAGCAGGAUCAGCGGCUUCAAAAUGGCAAUGGAAUUCCAGGAGUUACUCACAAUGUUCACUUCAAGAAGCAGCACCACCGUCAAAAUCACCAUCACUUUAUCAGUGGCAACGUCAAACAAAAACUCUGUCGAUGGCAUCACAAUGGAAAUGGCGUGCAACGCCAUGGCGCGAAUGGACACCGUGGCAGCAAUGAGCAGAACGGCAAUUAUCUUCAAAACCAGCAUUACAGCAAAGCCCAGCACGAAACUAGUAACUUAAACGGAAAAUGGCAACAUCAAAGCGAUCGUAGUUUCCGUUAAACACAAUCCUUGAAAACUAUGCUUCCCAUUACACCCUCCCGCGUAAAUCAAUUCAUUCCCAUAGUAUAGGCAGUUGGAGGACAACCUCCCGCACUGUCCUGAUGUGGACCGGACUAAUCGCCGUUUGUGGGGUGACAAGUGCUUUGUCGAUCUCUUGAAUUUAUAAGGUAGUCGGAUUUAUGAGAAGGUUUACCGUUGUAUUGACUUCGGGGCUCAGAUACUGAACGAUCUGAGCCAAUUGUCGAGUUUGGUGUUGCUAAUCAAGAAACAUUGACUAGCUACUAGCACCCACUUAUUUAGGGGUUGUGGCGCCAACAGUAGUUAGCAGAACCAUCUGAUAGAGAAGUGAAUCGUAUUGUGUGGCUGGCAUAUACUAUAGUACUUUGAAAUUAUUGUUACGAUUAUUAUCCGUUGUUGUGUAUUUUUGUCAAUAAUUACUGACCAUCGAAACUGAUUGAGUUACCAACGACUAGCUAUAUUUUGCUGAAUGUCCUUUGUUCAACUAUCAACAUCUCGCGGCUCAACCAGAUACAAUUAAUGGCUUACGGCAAUCUAUUUCGUUUGUACGGGUCGCCGAUUAUGGCGGUAAUCAAUCACUUUUUUGUUUUCUGUGUAUUCACUCCGAAUAAUAAUUAUUAUUAUUGGUAUCAUUAAUUUUAAUUUAUUUUUUAGAAAGAAGUGAAAUGGUUUUGACGAUGUAUGAACUAGAGAAGUACUCGUUAACAUGGCUGUAAAAUAACACAUAGCAUUUGACCAUAUAUUUAAAAAUGAAAAACUCCGGCAGUAACGUCGGAGGUCUUAAUCAAGUGUCGAGAAAAACGAAUUGAACCAGCGAAGGCCCCGAUGAUCUAAGCGAGAAAAACUAGAACUGAGAGUAUGUUAAAGAAAACCAUAUUGUUCACUACCUUAUUGACGGUAUGCCCAAAUCUGGUUUUUAAGUACUGAAUAAAUAUUGUUGUUGGUUUUCACCUUGAAGGUGAUAAACAGACAUAUACACAAUAUAUAUAUAUAUAUAUAUAUAUGAGAACUGAGUGUGUGGAUAUAUAUAUGCGUGUGUGUGUGUCUGGGUUUGACUUCACUUUAAGUUGAAUAUUAGGUUACGAUUGGCUGGCAGUGAAAGAAU